AUGCAGAUCAAGUUCAUGACUUACAACGUCUGGUGCCGCGAAGACGUUGUCGUCCACAAGAGGAUGAAGGCCAUCGGCGAACAUGUUCGGAAACAUUCGCCGGACGUAAUUUUCUUCCAGGAGGUCACGCCGUACAUCCACUCGAUCUUUGAGAGCUUCGCAUGGUGGAAAUCCUAUCACUGUUCACCGGUGCCCCCGGAAGAUCAAACGGGGAACCGCCACUUCUGCUUGAUGAUGAGCAAGCUUCGUCUGCAGGGCUACGCGCGCUGGAAGUUCGGCACUUCGCCUACGGGAAAGUGCUACCUGGAGGCAGACAUUACGCCUGGACCGGCUUCUUCAACGCAGCCAAUCCGCAUAGCCACCACCCAGCUCGAAUGCCCAGUACCGCCUGAAUCGAUGCACCUCCGGGAGCGCUACAUGCAGGCAAAGCAUGCGGUCUCAGCGCUGAGUAGCGCUGACAACGUUGUGUUCGGCGGCGACAUGAGCUGGGAUGAUGAUGAUGCCCCCUCCACAAUGGCUGGUUCGACGCCUGGGCAAAACUGA